UGUCAGUUUUCCGCAUGUAAACAAAUAGAUCGAGUCAACAUACACGCGGCUUUUAUUGUUGCACCCGUUUUAUUGAAACAGUGUCCUAAAUCACAGGUUUUAAGUGAACUGAAAAACUUACGAUGGAUCCAGGGUUUUGUCCCAAAUGUGGCACCAUUUUGCCAACCCUCAAAUUAACGAAUAAAGUGUCCUGCUACAGCUGCCAAAGUGGAUUUGAUGCUGCGGCUUUUGGCACGAUGGAAACAGAGUAUACAAUUCAUUUCAAUUCGUAUGAAAAUAAAAAAUCUGACCAAGCAGAACGCAGUGAAGGAGAAGCAGCAGAGGGGCCGAUUGUUAACAGGCAGUGUCCCAUGUGUGGCAACGACCAGAUGUCGUAUGCUACUUUACAGCUUCGGUCUGCGGAUGAAGGUCAAACUGUAUUUUUCACAUGUACUAAGUGCAAGUACAAAAUGUCGGAAAAUUCGUAGCUAUUUGUUCCGCGGAUUGUUGUAUUAAGAAUAAAAAUAUAUUGACGGAUCAAAUGCCGUUAACCACUAA